AUUCUAGCAAGCAUCCGCCAGUCCAUCACCGGAUUUCUUCAGCGUUGCGGCUUGCAACAUGAGAAUGUCCCGCUUGACGAAGCAUGGUACUCCGAAUGCUUUAAGGAGGCCAUCAAACGAGGAUAUCUGAUGGACGCCAUCCUCCUAUACCUGGCCGUUGGCGUGGCCGUAAUGUCCAACGCUUACGGCCACUUCUCGGACCGUCCAACCAAGAUGUGGAUCUCCCUCUUCACCACCGUAUGCACCUGCAUCGACGACACGGUGACUAGUGAGAAAAGAUCUCGUGCAUGUGUACCGUUUCAACGAGCUGUUCGCGAAAUGCGAGCCGCAGGAGCAUCCGGUUAUGAAUGCGCUUGAUAGACUCUUGCGGGAGGCCGCUUGCCAUCAUUCUGCACCGAUGUCAAUCUUGCCGCAGGCUACUACAAAGAGG